UUGACUCUAACAGACCUGCGUGUUUAUUAAUGCUGUCAGUAGUUUACAGUGAAGCAGCUCUCAGUCCCUCUCAGACUCAAAGUCCAACACUCCGAAACAGGCAGACAGACAGACAGGCAGACAGACUGUCUCACCACACACACACACACACACACACACACACACACGCAGACAGGUCAGCGGCGGUGUGAGGUGGACCUGACCCGGCUGAGCGCUCUGGCCAUGCGGGGAGAGGAUGGGCGAAGAGGCAAGAGUUUCUCCGCUCAAGAACUUCGUGGCCGGAGGGGUGGCCGGAGCCUGCCUGCUGCUGGCCGGACACCCGCUGGACACCAUCAAGGUGAGGCUACAGACACAGCCCAAAGCCUCCCGCGCUCAGUAUGUGCUCUACACAGGAACGUAUGACUGCUUCCGCAAGACUGUAUCCAAAGAGGGUCUCCUCGGCCUCUAUAAAGGUAUGGGGGCUCCCCUGGCGGGCGUGGCUCCGAUGAUGGCCAUCAGUUUCUUUGGGUUCGGUUUGGGUAAACAGCUGCAGCAGACAGACCCGAGCAAACCUCUAACGCACACUCAAAUAUUCCUGUCUGGGUGUCUGGCAGGGGUCUUCACUACAGUGAUUGUGGCUCCGGGAGAGAGAAUCAAAUGUUUACUGCAGGUGCAGGCGAGCAGCGGCCAGUCCAAGUACUCGGGUCCUGUGGACUGUGCGGUGCGGCUCUAUCAGGAGCAGGGCAUCCGCAGCGUCUACAAAGGAACCGUUCUUACUCUCAUCAGAGACGUGCCUUCUAACGGUCUGUACUUCCUCACAUACGAAUAUCUGAAGAACUUCCUGACACCUGAAGGUGAAAGUGUUUCUCAGCUCAGCACUCCAAAGAUCCUGCUGGCUGGCGGCGUCGCAGGAUUAUUAAACUGGACGAUCGCUCUUCCUCCAGACGUCCUCAAAUCCAACUUCCAGACCGCUGCAGACGGAAAGUACAGAGGUCUGGUCGACGUCCUGAGGACGCUGCUCCGAGAGGAAGGACCUAGAGCUCUCUACAAGGGAUUCAACGCUGUCUUUCUACGAGCCUUCCCUGCCAAUGCAGCCUGUUUUUUGGGGUUCGAGGUGGCGCUGAAGGGCCUGAACACGCUGGCGCCCAACUGGUGACAUCAGUCGGUUUGUAAACGAAGCUCUGUUUCCUCUUGAAAUGUAAUGAAUUUCUUAAAUGUUAUUUUACAUUUAAUUUUACAAAUUUGUCAUCCUCUGUAACGCUCACUUUUUGUGAGUGAUGAUGCAACAGAAACACACACUUAUGAAUGUAUGAUUUUUGAGUUAAAGCGUUAAUUUACUAUUUGUGAUGUUUAUUGUAAAAUGUCAUAUUAUAAAUUUAUUACCAUUCAGUUUAGAAUGGGUUUAAAUGUUUUUAAUCCUUGAGCUCUGCCAAAAAGUCAGUAUUAAUUUAUGCUUUAUGAUUGAGGAGCUUGUUCGGCUUGGGGGAGUUUUAUAGGCUUUCUGAUAAAAGUGUUUUAAUAAAAAGUUUCAAUAUAAAAAGUGUGAGUUUCAACUUUUUACUGUCCACUUUUUUUCUCUUUUUACAUUUUAUUCACUGUGUCCUUGUGUUUCACUGCAAUAUAUAAAAUCUAUAUAAAUCUAUAAGUCCUGCAGCUCUAUGGAAUCAGCACAAUCAUGGCUAGAAGUGGGAACAACUCAAACAUGUCUUUGUGCAGAAUAACACCGCUAGAAUGACAGACAUCCUAAAAAGAAAAAGUUGAAUUUCUCUGAUAAUUUUUUGUAAGAAAUGU